AUGAGAAGAAAAUGGCUAAAAGUUUUAGGAAUUGAUCGUUGUUAUGAUUGGCAACGUAUAUGUAGUGAUCACUUUCUAGAAGAAAACUAUAAGCCAGGAAAAAAGAGAUUUUUAUUUUCAAAUGCUAUCCCCCAACCUUAUGAUCAAAAUGGUUUUCCUUCUAAGUAUGCUACUCAAAGUAAUGAUGAAAUUAGAAAUAAUGUAAUUUCACCAAUUGAACAAAAUAUGCAGUUUGAUGAAAAAAAAUUACUUAUAUUACAACUAAGAAGAAUAAUGGCAAAAAUCAAACAUGGACUCGCGUCAAAACAAUCAGGAAUUUCAAAUAUUAUGAAGCCAUAA